AUGUGCAACUGGCAACUUUUCUUCUCAACAGAUCUUGAGAAAAAAAUAAUUGUAUUUCUGAAGAAUGAGCUGGAAAAGUUUAAGAAAAUAUUAAAUAGAGAGAACACACAGUACUUUGUGCAGGACUUUACAGAGAAAAUGUGUGAUAUCAAAGAAGCAGCUCUUGAUAUCACACUUUACUUCCUGAGAGAUAUGAAUCAAUGUGAGGCUGCAGAUACUCUACAAGAUGAGCUGGUCCUCAUUCAUCAGCGACCACUAAAAUCAAACCUGAAGAAGAAAUAUCAAUCUGUAUCUGAUGGAAUUGCAAAGCAUGGUGACUCCAAGCUUCUGAAUAACAUCUACACAGAUCUCUGUAUGACUCUGAGUGUUAGUAAACAAGUCAGUAGUCAAAAUGAAGUAGGACAAGUUCAGGCUGCUGAUAGACGACAUGAAUCACAAGAGAUUCCAGUUGAAUGCAAAAAUUUGUUUGAAGCACCUGAACAAGACAAGGAGAUCAGAACUGUACUGACAAAAGGAGUUGCUGGCAUCGGAAAAUCCAUCUCUGUGCAAAAGUUUAUUGUGGAUUGGGCUGACGGUAAAGAAAAUCAGGACAUUACUUUCAUAUUUCCUCUUGCAUUUCGAGAAAUUAACUUAAUGGAGAAAGAAACACAAAGCUUGGCAAGACUUAUAAGUCAGUUUUUCCCAGAGAUAAAAGGACUAAACCUUGCGAAAAAUGAUAAAUUAAAAUUGCUGAUCAUCCUUGAUGGUUUGGACGAAUGUCGUCUUCCUCUGAACUUUGAGGGUAAUGAAACAUGUCGUGAUGUAACAUCACAAGUCUCUCUGGAUGUUCUCCUCACAAACCUGAUCAAGGGAAAUCUGCUUCCUUCUGCUCUCAUCUGGAUCACCACCAGACCAGCAGCUGCCAUAAAAAUUCCUCCCGAAUGUGUUGACCGCGUGACAGAAGUACAAGGAUUCAAUGAUGCACAAAAGGAGGAGUACUUCAGAAAAAGAUUCAAAGAUGGGGAUCUGGCCAGUGAAAUUAUUGAUAAUGUUAAACAAUCAAAGAGUCUUUUUAUCAUGUGCUACAUCCCAGUCUUCUGCUGGAUUACAGCCACUGUUCUCCAGAACAUUUUAGAGGAGAAAAUAAAUAAUGUUGUGAGAAAUCAGGCUGAUGGAGUCUUCAAAACACUGCAGGAAUCAAAUACUGAAGACACUCCCAAGACUCUGACACAAAUGUACACACACUUUCUCCGCUUUCAGAUCCUGCAGAGCAGACGAAAGUAUGAUGGAGAAUACACACCAGAUGUUUCCUGGGAUACAGAUGCCAUGCUUUCACUGGGGAAACUGGCAUUUCAUCAGUUGCAAAGAAAUAAUCUGCUCUUUUAUGACACAGAUCUGGAAGAAUGUGGUAUUGAUGCAUCUAAAGCAUCAGUGUAUUCAAGCAUGUGUACCCAGAUCUUUAAGGAGGAAAGAGGAAUCAUUCUUGGUACCGCUUUCUGCUUUGUUCACAUGAGCAUUCAAGAGUUUAUUGCAGCACUUUAUGCACAUCUGUUUGUAGACUUCAACAAGAAAAGUGUGUUUAAUCAACAUGAAUCUACAGAGCAAGAAAACAAAAAUGAAACCAUGACUGAUUUGCUCAAGACUGCAGUGGACAAGGCACUCGAGAGUGAAACUGGACACCUGGAUCUUUUCCUUCGCUUUCUUCUUGGUCUGUCACUUCAGGCCAAUCGUCCACUCUUACGAGGUCUGUUGACACAGCAAGACGGCAAUGAUCAUAACUACAACAAAAUAGUUGAGUACAUCAAGGAGAAAUUAGAAGCGAAUCUUUCUCCAGAGAGAUCCAUCAAUCUGUUCUACUGUCUGAAUGAACUGAACGACCAAACUCUGGUGAAAGAGAUUCAGACUCAACUUAGAGAAGGAAGUCUUUCAUCUGCUGAUCUUUCACCUGCCCAGUGGUCUGCUGUGGCCUUCGUUUUGUUGACAUCAGAGGAAGCGAUGGAGGAGUUUGAGCUUCAGAAGUUCAUGAAAUCAGACGAGUGUCUCUUUAGGCUACUGGAAGUUGUGAAAAUCUCCAAAAGAGCUCUGCUAAAUGAUUGUAACUUAACAGAUGAGAGCUGUUCAAAUUUGGCUAAAGCUUUCGGAUCAGAUAACAAUCUGAUAGAGCUGAAUAUGAGCAAUAAUAAUCUACAGGAUUCAGGAGUAAAGCAGCUCUGCAUUGGACUUGGGAAUAUUACGUGUAAACUGGAGAUACUGAAACUUUCAGAUUGUAGUAUCACUGAAGAAGGUUAUAAAGCUCUGGCUUCAGCUCUGAGAUCAAACCCUUCACACCUGAUAGAGCUGGAUCUCAGAGGAAAUGAUCCUGGACAAUCAGGAGUGAAGCAGCUUAGUGAUAUAUUACAGGAUAAACAAUGUUCAUUAAAGACCAUCAGGUUUUUGAAAAGUUCUGCUGCACAGGAAGCAUGUGAGUACCUUACUGAAGUUCUAGGUACAAGUCCAUUAUUACUGACAGAACUGGAUCUGAGUGAAGAUAAAUUAGGAGAUCUGGAUUGUGAGAAGCUCUCUGCUCUUUUGAUGGACUCUCAUAGCAAACUGGAAAAAAUGAAACUCUCAGACUCCAGUGUCACUGAAGAAGGUUAUAAAGCUCUGGCUUCAGCUCUGAGAUCAAACCCUUCACACCUGAUAGAGCUGGAUCUCACAGGAAAUGAUCCUGGACAAUCAGGAGUGAAGGAGCUCAGUGAUUUACUACAGGAUCCAAACUGUCAACUGAAGACACUGAGGCUGUGUGAUUGUGGUCUAACAGAGGAAAGCUGUUCAGCUCUCGCUACAGUCCUGAGAUCAAACUCCAGUCUGAAAGAUCUUGACAUGAGCAACAAUAAUCUGCAGGAUUCAGGAAUGAAGAAACUCAAGAACGGAUUAGAAAAUACAAACUGCACACUGAAGAAACUCAGACUUUCAGACUGCAGUAUCACAGAAGAAGGUUAUAAAGCUCUGGCUUCAGCUCUGAGAUCAAACCCUUCACACCUGAUAGAGCUGGAUCUCACAGGAAAUGAUCCUGGACAAUCAGGAGUGAAGGAGCUCAAUGAUUUACUACAGCAUCCAAACUGUCAACUGAAGACACUGAGUCUGCGUAGAUGCAGUAUUACAGAGAAACAGUGUUUCAUCCUGACUUCAGCUCUGAAAUCAAACCCAUCACACCUGAGAGAACUGAACCUCAGUGAGAAUAAACUAGGAGACUCUGGAGUUGAAAACCUCAGUGAUCUACUGAUGAAUCCUCAAUUCAAUCUGAAAAUACUACAUCUGUGUGGAUGCAGAAUUACAGAGAAACAGUGUCUCAUUCUGACUUCAGCUCUGAAAACAAACCCAUCACACCUGAGAGAACUGGACCUCAGUGGGAAUAAAAUAAAAAACUCAGGAGUGAAUCACUUAUGUGACAUACUGAAGGAUUCACAAUGUAAACUGGAGAGACUGAGUCUAAAUGACUGUGGCAUUACAGAUGUUGCUUGUUUGGCUCAGUGUUUGUCUGAAACAAAAAGUACAAAAGUACUUUUAAAAGAGCUUGAUCUGAGUAACAAUAAAAUAGGAGACUCAAAACAGCAGCUCAUUGAUGUGCUUCAAGACUCAAACUGUAAACUGAGGUGA